AUUUAACUUGUUUUGCUAUUUAUUUAUAACAUAAAAGUUCAAUGAUUCGGAAUCUGACUAUUAACCUUGCAAAAUGCCGGCGUCUUGUAAUUGCUGAUUCACUAAAUGGAAAACAUAGAAUUUGUUCUUCAGGUGUACAACAAAAUAAAAUCACUCAGCCGAAAAAAGUUAAUGUCAUGGAAGACAAGUCAAAUUUUUUACUGCCAAAUAACCAAAGAUUCGUGGAGUUGGAUAGUUCGCAGGCUUUUGAUAAUCUAACAACUAAUGAGAAAUUAUAUGCUCAUUAUUUGAGUCAGGCUGCAUGGAACGGUGGACUUAUAGUAUUGGUACAGACCAGUCCUGAGUCACCAAAGAUAUUCUCCUUGCUGCAUAGAGUCUUUGUGGCUGAGCCAUUAGAGAAUCUUAAACAAUCGGCUUUGAAAUCUGGUGUAUCUGAAGAUGAAUUUCAGGCUUUUCUCGUCUAUGCAGGAGGUCUAUUUGCCAACAGCGGUAACUAUAAAGGUUUUGGUGAUACAAAGUUCAUUCCUAAUUUACCAGCUGAAUCAUUAGAAUUAAUUAUAAAGGCAUCUAAAGCAUAUGAAAAGGACAAUACGCACAUACUAAAGUUAUGGCAAAAUACUAAAAAUGCCAUUUAUGGGCUUGCACCCAGAUUAACCAGUCUUGGUUUAGCUAAUAAGGGGGUAACAACAUAUUUCUCAAGCAACUGCACCGAAGAAGAUUCGAAUCUCGUUAACGAUUGGAUGAAAACUAAACUCAUAGAGGCGUACAUUUGUCGUACGUUCAAAACGGUUGCUGAUGACGGCUUACCCCUAUACACCAUUCAUCUUGCCAGCGUCGAAACAUCGUCAAAACCACCCCUAACGAUGGAUAAAGAAUCGUACAAAGGCGCUUACUUCCAAGUUACACGCGGCGAUUACUCACCCUUACUGAAGAUUGUGAACGAACAUCUAACAACAGCUCAGGAUUACGCAACAAAUGAUAAUGAGAAGAACAUGCUCUUGCAUUAUGUUAAAAGUUUUAAAGAAGGCGAUCUUAGUGAGCAUAAAGAGGGAAGCAGAUUUUGGAUAAGAGAUAAGGGACCUAUUAUUGAGACAUAUCAAGGUUUCAUUGAGACAUAUCGUGAUCCGAGUGGUCAGCGGGGUGAGUUCGAGGGUUUCGUGGCGAUGGUCAACAAGGAGAUGUCUAAGAAGUUCGGCAGUCUCGUCGAUGGCGCUGAGAGGUUCAUUAAACUGUUGCCCUGGGGUGAAGACUUAGAAAAGGAUUCGUUCCUGCGACCCGAUUUCACGAGUCUGGACGUUCUAACGUUUUCCGGAAGUGGUAUACCUGCCGGAAUCAAUAUUCCUAAUUAUGACGAAAUCCGUCAAAACGAAGGCUUCAAGAACGUGUCUCUGGGCAACGUGAUCCCCGCCGCGUACAAGGAGUACACCAUACCGUUCCUGUCUGAUGCUGACAAGCAACUACUGGAGAAAUACAGAGUUUCCGCCUUUGAGGUUCAAGUAGGACUUCACGAGCUAUUAGGACACGGAAGCGGUAAGCUAUUGCGACAGAAUGCCGAUGGAACAUUCAAUUUUGACAAAGAAAAGGUCAAGAACCCCCUGACUGGUAAAGGUAUAGAAUCUUGGUACAGUGAAGGUGAGACCUACGACAGCAAGUUCACAACCCUGGGGUCCGCCUUCGAAGAGUGUCGCGCUGAAGCCGUCGGACUGUACCUCUCUUUGGUACCAGAGAUACUUAAGAUCUUCGGGUACGAAGGACAGGAGGCCGAAGACGUCACAUACGUUAACUGGCUCAGCUUGUUGUGGAACGGAGCCGCUAAGGCCACGGAAAUGUACCAACCCUCCACUAAGACUUGGUUGCAGGCGCACGCCCGCGCGCGUUUCGUGAUCAUGCGUUUGUUGGAGCUGGAGGGGGGCGGCCUGCUCACCGUCGAGGAGUCCGAGCCCGGGAAGAAUCUCCUGUUGACGCUGCAAAAGGACCGUCUCGCUACCGACGGGAAGAAGAUCAUUGGCGAUUUCUUGGUGAAACUUCAAACGAUAAAGGCAACCGGUGACUUUAGUGCGGGCGAAAAACUAUUCAAUAAGUACAGCAGUCUCGACGAGCCCUGGGGCCGCUGGAGAGACAUCGUUCUAAUGCAUAAACAGCCUAGAAACAUCUUCGUUCAGCCCAACACCUUCCACAAAGGCGACGCGGUGGAGCUAAAGCGCUACCCGGCGACGGCUGAAGGCAUGGUCGCGUCGUGGGUGGACAGGUUCCCCAACACGAAGGUCGACGACAUUCUGGAGAAGUUAGCGGAAGAGAAUAGCAAAUAUUUUGCUGAUCUUGAACCUUUAACUGCGUGAACUUAUUGACCACUUUUAGUAAUAAAUAUUGUA